GGCGCGCCCGCUGUAAAGAGGAAAGCCGGUUGCUCGGGGAGUCAGGAAGAAAGGGAAAGAAUCUAACACGGAAGUGGUGGCGUCUGGGGCGCAGGUGGAGGCGGCGACUCGGACGUCUGAGACUGGAACCCCGCUUUGAGGGGUGGGGGCAUACGGGUAGACGUCCGCUUUAUGCGACCUACAUGAAGUGCAGGAGUGGCUGGACCUCUUUUUUCCCCUGCGAACAUCAAAGUGAUGGCGCUAGUGAUGGCGCUAGGGAUGGCGGCAGUUCCUUGGACAGCCCCAGUUAAACUGCGCUCGGGGAGAUAUAUCCAGAAAGUGCCCAGAAGAAACUGCCUGCCGGAAAAACUGAAAAAGCAGCAUUUAUAAUACUGGAAUUUGUGGAUAAUUUGUUAAAAUGGCAGAAAGUAAUAGUGAAAAUGUAGAUGUAAGACCUAAAACUAGUCGGAGUAGAAGUGCUGACAGAAAGGAUGGUUAUGUGUGGAGUGGAAAGAAGUUAUCAUGGUCGAAGAAGAGUGAGAGUUGUUCAGAUGCUGAAGCAGUGAAUGCUAUAGACAAAACUGAAGUCUCAUUAAGGAGUCAAGAAAGAAAGCACAGCUGUUCAUCCAUUGAGUUGGAUCUAGAUCAUUCCUGUGGGCAUAGAUUUUUAGGCCGAUCUCUCAAACAGAAGCUGCAAGAUGCAGUGGGGCAAUGUUUCCCAAUAAAGAAUUGCAGUAGUCGGCAUUCUUCAGGGCUUCCAUCUAAAAGAAAAAUCCAUAUCAGUGAACUCAUGUUAGAUAAGUGUCCUUUCCCACCUCGAUCGGAUUUAGCAUUUAGGUGGCAUUUUAUUAAACAACACACUGCUCCUAUAAGUCCCAGAUCAGAUGACUGGGGAAGCACAGACUUAUCUCAGAGUGACUUGAGAGAUGGUCAACUACAGCAAAGAGAGAAUAUGGAAGAAGAUGUAAGCUGUUUCUCACAUGCCAAUGCUCAGCCCUGUGUCAUAAACACCAACAGUGCUUCGUGUAGAGGUGGUUCUGUGGCUAAUUCUGUGAUGAACCUGGUUUCAAGUAACAGCAUGGAAGACAGUGAUACGGAUUCAGAUGAUGAAAUUAUAACACUUUGCACAAGUUCCAGGAAGAGAAACAAACUCAAGUGGGAAAUGGAUGAAGAAAUCCUGCAGUUGGAAACACCUCCUAAGUACCAUACCCAGAUUGAUUAUGUUCAUUGUCUUGUGCCAGACCUCCUUCAAAUCAAUAAUAAUCCAUGUUACUGGGGAGUUAUGGAUAAAUAUGCAGCUGAAGCUCUACUAGAAGGAAAACCAGAGGGUACCUUUUUACUUCGAGACUCAGCACAGGAAGACUAUUUAUUCUCUGUCAGUUUUAGACGCUAUAGUCGUUCUCUUCAUGCUAGAAUUGAACAAUGGAAUCACAACUUUAGUUUUGAUGCACAUGAUCCUUGUGUCUUCCAUUCUCCUGACAUUACUGGGCUCCUAGAACAUUAUAAGGAUCCAAGUGCCUGUAUGUUCUUUGAGCCACUUUUAUCUACUCCUUUAAUUCGGACUUUUCCCUUUUCUCUGCAGCAUAUAUGCAGAACAGUUAUUUGUAACUGUACAACUUAUGAUGGCAUUGAUGCCCUUCCAGUUCCUCCUUCUAUGAAAUUAUAUCUGAAGGAAUAUCAUUAUAAAUCAAAAGUUAGAGUACUCAGGAUUGAUGCACCAGAACAGUGCCAGGAAAGGGCAGGAAUGUUGAAAUGAUUAAUUUUCAUUUAGAACUUUAUUUUUCUUAGUAUAGCACUUUGGAUUUUCCUACAAGGGUAGUGGGAAUCUGAAAUAAACUUCUGCCCUAAACUUUAUUCCCAGAAUAGUUUUUUUGUUUGUUUGGAUACACUAAUUAUUUAAGGUUAUAUACACUGAGUUAGUGGACAUUUCUAACAGGUGUUUAGUUUUUGUUUUUACCAUGUAUAUUUUACAGUUGCUUUUUUAAAAAUUUUCUUAAUUAUAGUUUACAAUAGUUUGGUAGGUUUUGCAAACAUAGCUAAAUAAAACUGUUCCCUUUUUUUGUUUUGUUUUGUUGUUGCUAUGUUAAUUCAUGCUUUUAGCAUUCCUACAUAGAUAAUAUAGUUUUCCCAUCCCCCUUUGUUUUAAAGUUCCUUAGCGAAGCUAAGUCUGUUGUAACUCACAAUUCAUAUUAAUGUAAUUGACAUUUGUAAUUUACUAAUAGGGGUGUUAAAGUUAAACAAAAUGACUUAAAAUCAAACUUGAUGUUUUUUUUUAAGACAUUAACUAUAAUGUAGCAUUACUAAAUUUGAUCAAUCAGUUUAGUAAGAAUCAAAUGAGAACAUGAAAUUUUGAAGGUGAAUUUAUUCUAGUACAAAAUGUGUCAUCAAGGUAAUUAUUCCUUGAAUCAAUUAGUCAGGAAAAAUUAGCAUUUUUCAGAAUAUAAAUACAUUGCUCUCUCACUGGAAACUUAAAAAAUAAUGGUGACAUUAAUAACUAGUACUUAUUAAAAGUACUAAAACAAAUGGGGACUUUUCUUCAUUUAUGAAUGAAUUUUACUUCUAAUUAGCUUUUAUAGAAACUGAAUUUGUUACUUUGGGAAAUGCCAUACUUUAUAAAUAGCCACAUAUUCCCUUUAGUAAGUAAUCAAAAAAUUCAAAAAGUAAACCUGAAUCUCAGUCUUUAGUAAUCUCAGUGUUUGAGAUCUUCAAGUUUUAAAUUAUUUUUAUUUUCCAAGUUAGCAUAUUUUAUUGUGGCUUCAAAAAAAAAAAAGGAAAAUCUGAAAUCUAAGAAGUAUAUACUGAAUAGUGGGCACCUGGGAUAGUAUCUUAUUUUAUUUUUAAACUUUUUUAUUUGUUUAGUUUGAUAGGACAGAGAGAAAAUGAGGGGGAAGCAGGGUAGAGGAUGAGAGACAGAGACACCUGAAGCAUUGCUUUACUGCUUGUGAAGCUUUCUCCCUGUAGGUGGGGGGUAGGGGCUUAAACCCAGGUCCUUGCACAUAGUAACUUGUGCAUUUAACCAGGUGUGCCACCACCCAUUCCCUGGGGUAAUAUUUUAAAUUUACUAUUCCAAGAACAGGGAAACAUUUUUAGAAGCAUCAUUAACCUAAUAUCCUAAAGAUUAAUGGAGUGUUAUCCAACUCCCUUUUUUUCAAAGAAUAAUUCUUGAGGCAGUUUCUUCAGGUAUGCUGUCUACCCCUUUGUAUUAAUUGGCAUUUUAAAUAUCAUAGUCAUUGAUUUCUUGAUGCUAGUUUAGCUUUAGUAGGGAGCCACCUCUCUCUGUAUUGAAAGAACUUUUACUCUUAAUUUCCAAGUUAAAACUGAUGUUUCUUAAGUAUUACUGUUUUUAUACUGAGAUAAAGUUUCUCUUUUCUGCAGAUACACAGUUAACAUAAAAUGACAUUUUUCAAAUAGCUAUCAAUUAUAAAAUUAAAAAAUUAAUAAAAUUUGUUACAGUUAUCUUCUAGCUUUUUUUUCUCAGUGAUCUCAACUUGAUGAGGGGUGGCUACAAAGUGGCACCUCUUUUUAACAGUGAUGAGGCUUAAACUGUCACACCCACCAGUGUCCAGGUAAAUAAUCUCUUCUAAAGAUGAGAUUUCCGUCUUAACAAAUGUAGGAAAGUCUCAUACUACCUCAUCUUUAUUGUGGCGCUUUUGUAGAUCACUGAGAAGCCUAUCUUAUCUACCAGUAUAACACUUCCUAAAUAGUCCACCUUUCAUGAGAGGAAAUAAUAUGGUAAGAGUCUACCCGUCAUUAUAGUUUUUAUCAGAAUUUGAUAAUGGGAUUUUUUUUGUUUCUGUGAAACAAUUAUUUUAAAUAUUUUCUUUUAAAAAUAACUUUUUAUUAGAACAGAAAAAACCUAAGGGAUAACUAGCUAACUAUUCUGUUAAAGUGUAAUUUUAUAAAGAAAAAAUAUAAUCGUGUCUUUUUGUAAUAGUUAAAGUUAGUGUUUCUAUGAAAAUCAAGAUCUAAGUAGCCUUUCAUAUAUUCAAACUGGUUGCUUGUGAUAUAUUUUCUCUGGUUUUCAUAUUUUUUUCAACUUCAAGGUAUUUAGUAGCUGUUAACAUUUUCAAAAUACUGCCAUAUAUAUCCUUGAAGUAGAGAUCUAAUACAUAAAAGCAGGGAAUAGACUCGUUUACCUGAAGUGUUUUAUAUUUUUCCUUUGGUAUUUCCUACAGUGAAAAGAAAUCUGGAAAGUAAAAAUAUAAAGACUGGAGAAGAGAAUUGUGUACCAGGAAAGAAAAGAAGUGUUCAAUACUUUCUGAAAGUAUUGAAUAUUAAGGGGCUAGAAUUUAGAAAGGUUGACCCCUUUCUCAGUGACUUUGUGAGGACACAUUUAGGAAAACAUUCAGUAAUCAGGAACGAACUCAUUAAGAAAUAUUGAAAAUGUCUAUUGGAAUGUAUAAAUAAAAUGAAUAAAUUCUGAUAACAUGGGAAGAUGUAACAGUUUGACACUGGGCAUAUGAAAAGUGUGAACUUCAGAGUUCAGAAAGCAGUCAGCAUGGUGGAAAUGCUUAAGCCUUAUUGGUGGGGGAGGGGGAGAUGAUGGUUCUAGAAGAAACAAGAUAAAAUAUUUAAAUUAAGAAGUUAGGCAUUACCUCAGGGAAAAGCCUUGACAGUGAAAGGAAACUACAUAAUUGCUAAUAGCUAGUCUGGACCAGACACUUAACUGCGCUUUGGGAGUCAUCCAACACUAGAGAUAAACUUGACUUUUAUUUCUCUUUGAUGCUUUUCAGUACAUACCCCUUCUUUUUUUCUUUUUUCUUUUUUUUAUUUUUUUUUUAGCUACAGCAUCCUGAUUCAUACUACAAUAUGCUGAAUGGAUUUUCUCUGUGAGCAUUUUUAUAUGAAGAGUCAUAUGUGAUCUUUUAUAUAAUCAUACCAUUUACUUAAAUAAUUCAUAGAGGGGAUGGUUUAAUUCAAAGGAAGACCUAAUAGAUUAAAGGAAGCUGUUAGUCAGGCUGUGGCGAGAUUUGUUGAUUUGGCGAUCAGACCUGUGUUCUUUUCCUGAAUUUCAGCUAACAGCAAACUGUGGUCAAAGAAUGACUUUCAGUUAAAGUUUCUGCUUAUCAUAAAUAAUAUAAAGAAUAUAUUAGUGAUUAGAAACUCUUUAAAAAGUAGAAUAGAUGUAGCAAAUAAGAUUUGUAUCAUUAUGCAAAGUCCAUUUUUUGUUAAAGAAAAAGUCAUAAUUUAUUCAUGAGCCAAAGCCAUUAAGAUAAAUCAGGUUAUCAGCUUCCUGUUUCUGUGAAGUUUGGAUCAUUUUAUAGAUCCACCUAAUAGAGAGCUUCCUUCCUAUGAAAAACCUUGAGACCAAACUCUCUUAUGAAUAUACUCUUUUUUUUUAAAAGAUUUUAUUUAUUCAUGAGGAAGACAGGAGGAGAGAGAGAGAAAGAACCAGACAUCACUCUGGUACACGUGCUGCCGGAGAUUGAACUCGGGACCUCCUGCUUGAGAGUCCAGUGCUUUAUCCACUGUGCCACCUCCCGGACCACAAUGAAUAUACUCUUUAAUAAGUUUUCACUAAAAAUCUUUUUUUUUCUUUUUUUUUUAUUCCCUUUUGUUGCCCUUGUUGUUUUAUUGUUGUAGUUAUUAUUGUUGUUGUCGUUGUUGGAUAGGACAGAGAAAAAUGGAGAGAGGAGGGGAAGACAGAGAGGAGGAGAGAAAGAUAGACAUCUGCAGACCUGCUUCACCACCUGUGAAGCGACUCCCCUGCAGGUGGGGAGCCGAGGUUCGAACCGGGAUCCUUAUGCCGGUCCUUGUGCUUUGCGCCACCUGCGCUUGACCCGCUGCGCUACAGCCGACUCCCUUCACUAAAAAUCUUAUCACUUUUAACUAUAAACAGAGUCAGAUAGGUUGCGUAUUCAUUUUGGUAGAGCAGAUUUCACAGAAAUACAAACCUAAUUAAAAGACAUUCCUGCAUACAACACAAGCAAAACAGUGUUUAAAUGUAAAAAUAGCCUAUGUGUUAGGUAAUCUAAUGCCCAAAUAAAUAAAAGGCUUUAAAAGUUCCUACUUUGGAAAAAAUAAUCUUUAUAGUUUCGGUUUUACUAUAACUAGCUUUACAUUCUUUUUUUAAAAUUAUUUCUAAAGAAUGAACUGAAAGCACAAAGUUUUGUUUGGUUUUUUUUUUUUUUACUUUUAAUGAUAUAGAACAACACAAGAGUUGAUUCUAUAAUAUAUUCAGAUAUUGGACACAAUAGAAAUAACCUUAAAAUACAUUGACUUCUAAAAAGAUGUAACCUGUUGGCUAUAAUUAGAUGGAAAGGGAUUUAAGGGAUGUGAAGUGUAUGAUAAACAAGUCUACAUUUUAUUUACUUUCAGUUUUUGAAUAACCCUAAAUCUUUCUUUGCCUUCCUUCCUAACAUAUAAAAUAUAGAUAAUAAUACUUGUCACUUGACUUCCUGGAGGUUAGUUCUUCAGUGAAUAGGUGACCCUUGGAGCAGACUUGAAAAUAAUGGCUGUAUAGUUGUGAAGCACUAAUGUAAUGAUAUGUCUUUAAAGCACCCCCUUAGUGAACUCUGCAGAUCCACAUUCACUUCCCUUAGUCUGUAAUAAGCUUUCUUGGCUUAAUUUGACAAUAGAGAUAACUGUUCAAUUUGAAUUUAUGGUUUAGACUCUGCAAUUAGAUGAACAGUUGCAAUUUCCUACCCUUAAUAAGGUCUGUGUAAAAUUGAUGUUUCCCUAAGUUAUUUUAAAAGUUGAUUACAUUUGCAGGAAGUAAAGAUAAUCACUUUUGCUAUAACCAAAUUUCAGCUUUCAGACUUGAGAUUGUAAAACUCAUGGAGAUUUACUUAAAUUACGCUGACUUUGCUUGAGUUGAAUAAAUUCUGAAUAAGCCAAGUAUGAACUUGAUAUAUACUUGAAUACCGAAAGGUUAAGUAGUAACUACACAAAGCUAUUAAUUUCUUGCUGUAUGAUCCACCACUUACCCAAAAAGUAAACUGUCUCUUUUUAUUUCUAAUCCUAGAGUUGAAUGUUUUUCUUGGAUGGGAGUUUAAAUAAAUUGUUCUAAAGCUUCAUUUCUUCUUAAUUAAAACUUAUUUUAUAAAACCCAAA